UGCGUUCACGGUUUCAUUGAUGUGUAUUUUUGAGAGGAUGAGACGUGUUUUCGUGUGUAACUUGAAUAAGCAAAAGCAGUAGAGCAACCACAUAAGAGAAAAUCAACACCCUUUCUUUCGUCGUAACGAAAUUGCAAAAUUUUAUGUUGUCCUUACCUUCCUAGUUAAUUAUUUACAUGCAAAUUGGUUUCCCGCAAUGGAUAGCUUAUAUAACAUAGGGACUGCAAUAUUACUCGGUACACUAGAUAGCAUUAAGGGAUUAGCCGUAGUUUUCUACCUAGAUAGGGAAGCGAACCUGAAGACGACAUCGCAGCAAACGAAACCGGGACGUGCCACCAAGGAAAGUCUGUCCACUCCGACGCCUGCUGCGGUUGCCCACCAUCAUCAAUCAUCGGUCAGCACAACGAAAUUGAUGGGUGUUGUAAACAACAAAGACAACGUCAAGAGGAAAGACGAGUCCAAGGUCCUGCACCGCGUACUGCAAUGCUGCCUGUUGAACGGAGGAGUCUUCAUGCUGAGUAUCUUGCUGUUCGAAUACGGCAUCUUGCCCGGAUUGAACUUCUGCCUGUCGUAUCUGUUCUCGAACUCAGGAACCGUGGCCACCAUAUGGGGCUGGAUGAAACCAUCGCUCUCGUUGUUGUUUCACAGCUUCUGGGUCGCCCCAUUGUUCUUACUCAGCAAGAUCGUCAACAGCCUCUGGUUUCAGGACAUCGCAGAUUCGGCGUACAAAAUUCGCAAAGGAAGGCCUCAGCUGAUUCCCAGCAUAAGUAAACUGAUCGCCGAUACGCUGAUCAGCCUGCUGAUCCAGAUACUGUUCCUGCUGCAGAGCAACCUCGUCAAGUAUCUGCCCAUCCCGGUGCCAUUCGCAUGCAGCGUACUCUACAUUGUGCACAUGAGUCUGCUGUGCUCACUGUACGCCUUCGAGUACAAGUGGUUCAACAUGGGCUGGGAGCUGCACAAACGACUGACCUACAUCGAAACGAACUGGCCGUUCUUCAUCGGGUUUGGACUGCCGCUGGCCAUCCUAUCCGAACUGCCCAACUCACUCGUCAUCAGCGGUUGUGUGUUUUCGGUUCUGUUCCCUCUGUUCAUCCUCAGUGCAAACGAAGCCACUCCGAAGGUAUCCGUUUGCGAAACGCCUUUGAAGCUGUUCUCGCUAGUGGUGGCCAUCACCAAUGCUAUGUUCAGCAGUCGCACCAAGCUUGGCAAGGCGGCGCUGUCGACUCCGAUCAGUGGCAGUCCGGGAGGUGUCGGCAUGAUGCGUGGAAUGACUCCACCGCUCUCCGGCAGUGGUACGCCAUCUCUGAACUUCCAACUGAACCAGCAGCAGAAAAUGCGCCAGCAGCAACAACAGCCCCAUCAUCAUCACCAUCAUCGACAGCAUCGGCACUCGUCACCAUCACCGUCGUCCAGCAUGGGUUCCACAGUGGGAGGAUCGACCGCGGGCUCGGUCAUGAGCGCUGGACUGCAGCAGCAAUCACUGUUGAAUCGUAACUAUAGACGGUAAACUAGGACCACAGUUAGGUACCUACUCACUUGUACAGCAGUAGCCUCUCGUGUGGAAAUCCAUGGUUGUGUGUGACGUUAUCUGGAAAACUUUGACUGAGCUCUAUACCGGAAAUACCAUUUUUUGUCGAAUAGUUGUAGAUGGGUAUAGCUCUGUGAUUUUUAUGUCUGGAAGAGGCGGGUUUCUCUGUAGAGACUUGAUCACUAUUUUAAUGCAAUUCUCUAAAAAUAACGAUUUUUAAUCUAAUUCAACAAAAAUGAUUAAUUUAUUUAAUCUUCUUCAACGAAAAUUAUAUCUAAAGCAGAGCGUUAAUUACCAAUAAUAAACUCAAUCACAAUUUGUGAAUGAAAUUUGUGAUUAAUUUGCUGUAACAAAGUUCAAAAAAUGUUUAUGGGUUUACUGUUCAUUAUGAAUAAGAGUCAUCAUUCUUCCCUUUUCUUGUUUACUUUCGAAUGCUCUUUUGAAAUAAUAUAGUGAAGUGAGGUACAAUGAGAAAGUUAUGAAAAGCGAGAAUCCAUUUUACUUGCUAUUUUAUUUGAUAGUACGCUAACAUUGAAUGUGUGCAACGAAAAAAGCAUUAACAUUGCAUUGCUUAACUGCUAAUAAUUAUGACCAAAUUCUUGAUAUGCUAACUAUGCCUCACCUACCCCUCCCUACGCACGAUUAAAGUAAAAAAAACUGAAUCGAAAAGCUUUAUGUAUGAUUUAUCGUCUAAUCAUCAAAUUUUCAAUAAUGAUUAACUCAACGCUCUGUUCUAAAGUCAUGCAUUUUCCUUUUUUUUUUUGUUUGCAAAAAAUCCUGGUGCAAGAUUUUAAAAACUCCAGAGAAUUCCUCAGCCACUUUUAAGUGACUAUUCCACACAUUCUUUAUAAAUGCCUUGAGGAAAAACAUAAGGGAUUCUUCUACUAAUGUUUAAUCCAUAGACAUAUUUUGGAAUACUUUCAGGGACUCUUCCAGCGAUCUCCGAAAAUUCUUCCAACAAUUCUCCCAUAAAUUGCUUCAGCGAUUUUUCGCGGUAUGUUUAGAGACAUUCCUUCAGAGUUUACUCCAGGCAAUCCUUAAGCGUAUUCUAACGCUACUAGCUCAAACAAUAUUGACAAAGAAUACUCUGAAAAAUUUCCUAGGGACUAUCCCAGGAAUUCCUCUAGAGAUUUGUACACUAAUUUUUCCUCAAAUUUCUGCAGUUCCUACUCUAGGAAAUCUUUCAAAGAUUCCUUCAAGAGUUCUUGCUUGGGUUACCCUUAGAAAAAUUCCAGGGUUAAUUCUCGAAGGUAUCUAAAACGAAAUUUUUCUUUAGUUCAAAAAGAAGUUUUCCAGAAUGUCAUACAAGUGGUUCAAAAUAUGAAGGUAACUAACUCCCAAAAGAAGUAAAUAUGAUAGAACAACGCCUCACGCCUUUCGCCCACGAUGCGACGAACUCGUGGGUUUGGUGAUAAAAUCGGAACCACAUGAAUUGUUCCAGUUGAACGCGACCGAUCAAACAAACACAACACUAUUAGCAGCAAGCAAGAUAAUGGAGGCACAUUUAGAAGCGGACAUUAUUAAGAGAAAUACACACGAAGACAACACUCCCAUAUUCAACAAUAACGUUGGUAAUUUGCAGUAGGAUUGCGGUUCGAAGAAAAUAAUCAAAUCGAUAAUGGUGCUCAGUUUCGGUUUCAGUUGUGAAGCGUUUUUUUUUUCUGUUGUGGUUCUACAAAAGAAAUGUUUUUUUUUCGAGUUUUUAGGGUACGUAUAGUAUAUAAUUUUUUUCCGUUUGUCACUAUAAGUAAUGACGUUGUUAGCAACCAGACCAGCCACGUGAGACAAACUUAAAGUGAUUUUUAAGAUUUAUGCGUUUUUUGUAAGGAAAAAAAAUAAUGUAAACGAUCAGACUGCUUUUUCCUCUCUAGUAAGGAAAUACAAGAAGAUUUCUUGAGAA